AUGCUCACCUUCGCCGGUCGCCCCAAGUCAUCAGUCUUUGGCAGCCAUCAUAUCGAUACCAGUCCGCCUAUGGAGGGUGAAGGAGGAGGAGGAGGAGGAGGAGCAAGAGGAGGAGGAGCAUCGUCUCGAUUCAAGCGGCUCUCGUUUAUGAUGCAUUCGCCGCGUCUUGCUCAUGGCUCCGACUCAGAUAUGUCGCCCAUGUCUUCUGUGCCGCCAAAGGGUGUCCAACCCGAUGCCAAGCUGGCUACCAAGACGGUUGCCAAGAUCAACACCGAGACGGGUACGACCAAGUCUGUCGAUGCGAAAUUCAACGCCGCGCUUGAUGCUUCGGCUUCCUACUUUCCUCCGCCGUCUAAACUCGACAUCAAGCAAGGGUCCAGUGAAGAUGGUUUUUCAGCUGACGUGAGGAAAGCCUCCAUAUCGUUCCCGGACGAGUUGCCGAAGCCCGAUCACUCGCCUUCAGAUCGAACCCCCACCGAUGCGCUUUCCGAGAGCUCCUUUGGGCGGAAAUCGUCUGUGUCGUCCAUUUCAUUUCGACGCUCGAGGAACCCGUCCGUCGCACCGAGCACUUCUAAGCAAACUGCUCAUGGCUUGCGCAUUCGAAAUGCGUCUCCGCCGCCUCAACGGUAA